GGGAGUCAGAGCCCUUGACCUUAACCCUAUAUCUGAUCGAUAAAGCCUGCCCUAAUGGGAUCAGAUAGGCCUCGUUGCGAUUAUCUGACCUGUGUUUUGGUUCUGCUCCGAUAAAAUUUCAGGAGGUGCGCUAAUCAAAUCUGCCAUCUCAUCUUUCUCCCCAUCUUCCACCAUCUCCAAGUUUUCAAAAUGGCAUCUGUGGGCAAGCUCUAUUGUUUCGAGACCAUGCGCCAGACCAAGACGAUUAAAAGCGUCUGUGCACUAGCAGGUCUUGAGAUUGAGAUUGCUGCUGAGUACAAACACCAUGAAGAUAACAAGAAGCCAGAGUUUCUUGCCAAGUUCCCUCAUGGAAAGAUCCCCGCUUUUGAAGGCGCAAACGGCUUGAACCUCACGGAGGGUGCCCCGAUUGCGCGGUAUCUUGCCAGCCUUGCUCCAAACUCUGGUCUUCUUGGCUCGACACCAGAGGAUGCCGCAGUCGUUGAUCAAUGGGUUCACUUUGCCGAAACAGAAAUUGCCGCACCCGUCCACCUUAUUGGAGAGAUGCUUAUGAACUUCCUUCCCUACAGCAAAGGUAUCCACACCGUCGCCGCUGAGCGCCAAUUGCGCAGCCUCAUCACCCUCGAAGCUCAUCUGAGCACCCGUACCUUCCUCGUCGGCGACCGCAUCACUCUUGCUGACAUUACUGCCGCCUCUGUUCUCCAGCGCGUCGUUGCCAUCACCGCAGAUGCCGCAGUGCGCGCCAAUCUCGUCAACACUGUUCGCUUCUUGGAGACUAUUGUGCAUCAGCCCAAACUCGAGGCUAUCUUCGGCCCUAUUGAGUACACCGAGAAAGCAUUGCAGUACGUCCCUCCCAAAAAGGAGAAGGCACCCGCUCCCCCAGCCGCCGCACCAAAAGAGAAGAAGGAGAAGCCGAAGAAAGUCGUCGAGGAUGAUGACGAGGAUGAUGGCAACCUCGUGCCUGAGGAGCCCAAGCAGAAAAGCCCCUUGGAACUGCUUCCCAAGAGCACAUUCAACCUCGAGGACUGGAAACGUGCCUACAGCAACAAGGACACGCGGGGUGCUGAUGGCGCGCUAGAGUGGUUCUACGCCAACUUCGACAAGGAGGGCUUCUCCGUCUGGCGCGUAGACUUCAAAUACAACGAAGAACUCACGCAAGUCUUCAUGUCCUCCAACCAGAUCGGUGGCUUCUUCAACCGCCUCGAGGCAUCGCGCAAGUACCUUUUUGGAUCGAUGGGUGUGCUUGGCGAGAACAACGCCUCUGUUAUUUCUGGCGUCCUCAUCCUACGGGGCCAGGACUCAAAGUUAGCUGUAGACUGCGCACCAGACUUUGAGAGCUACGAAUACACAAAGCUAGAUGUGUUUGAUAACCAGGAGGACAAAGCCUUCUUCGAGGGUGCACUCGCAUGGGAUCUGGAGGUCGCUGGCAAGAAAUGGGCAGAUGGAAAGAAUUUCAAGUAAAAGGUACCCGAUGUCGGAGAGUGUGGGACUUUUGGGAAGCUGCAGUAUCGAUUUCGUGUAUCAUCGUGUUUCUUAUAUGUAGAUCUUGUUGCUUCUUAACCAGCCCUUGAACUACGUUCGCGGAAGGUAGAGGGUAGUGGUUGCGAUACAUAUCAUAUCAUCCAGUGUCGCACUUCUAGGAAACCGAAUAACAAUAACCUACAACUCGGAUGCUUUCAAAGAUGCC